GAAGAGAGUGCUCGAGAAUUAAAUGAAAAAUAGCGAAAUUUUAGAUUAAACAUUGGCUCUGUUUUAAAGUACUAACAAUUUCUGACACAUUAUAUAAACCUAUAGGCUAGUUUACAUAAAAAUGAAGCUUCCUGUGAUAGAUUUCGCCAGUUGUGCGAUACGAAACAAAAAUAUAUCUACGAAAGACUUGAAGUCUGUUGGAGAAUCGAUUGUGAAAGCUUUUCACUCGGCCGGCUUCGUUUAUCUAAAAGAUACUGGUAUAUCAAAGAAUGAUGUGGAGAAAUUGAAUAAAACUGCGAAACAAUUUUUUGAUCUACCCAUGGAAAAAAAGAAGAAGUAUGACAUCAAUCAAGAGUGCUUUGGCUACAUCGGGAUCGGAGUAGAGAAAAAUUCGGCUUUAAGGCCCGCAGAUUAUAAAGAAGGUUUUGAUAUCCCUGGAUCUGCAUUUGUACCUGGACGAACAAUCUGGCCAGACAAAGAAGUUGCUGGAUAUUCUUAUGUUAUGAAGGAAUUUGGAGAUCAUUGUCGUUUCCUGUCAACUCGAAUAUUGGGAGCAAUAUCAUUGGGAUUGGGUCUCAAGGAUAAAGAAUACUUGAUGAAAUGUCAUUCUCGAAUGAACGAUGAAAGGAAUUUAACGACACUCAGAACACAUUACUACCCACGCAUACCCGAUAAGUGUUCGUUCGAACCAGGUCAAGUUCGUCUUGGCGAACAUACUGAUUUUGGAUCUUUUACUAUUUUGUUUCAAGAUAAAGUGGGCGGACUGCAGGUGAAAGCCAGCAAUGGAGAAUACGUGGAUGCCACUCCUAUACCAGGAACAGCAUUAGUAAACAUAGGAGAUGCUUUGCAGUUUUGGACACAAGGAAGACUCAAAUCAACGGAACACAGAAUACUGAUGCCCAAAACAGCCGAAGAAAACGUCGAGAGAAGAUCAAUUGCUUACUUUGUGCAAGCUAACAACGAUGUCUUGUUAUCUGAGCUACAAUAUGAAAACAAUGACAUUUUCUCGUCCAGAAAAGCGUCACAAGUCACCGAUGAACCUGUUACUGUUCUUCAGUAUUUGAAAAAGCAAUACAAAAGCAUUAACUUGCAGAGCCUGGAUCAUUACAGUGAAUAACAAUGCGAACACUAUCAGAUAAAAUGCCAAAGAGCCAAAAUUUUAGCAUUACGGUCAGCAUGAAAUUAAUUGUCAUGUUACAACAAGAAGGAUUAUAUUAACAAUAUAUAUAUAUACAGUCGAUUAGUUAGUAUGUUGUGUUGGAAGUUUUCUAUUGAUAGAACUAUGAAGUUUUUGAAUCACAAUUUUUAUAGUUAUUUUUUUUUUUCGAUAUUUCGUUUGCGAAUUUAUUUCUGAUUAAAAAAAAAUUGUCCAUAA